AAAGUGUAAGAAUAAAGAAUUAUUUUUUCCUGUGUGUUUCAUCGCCACUCACUUGAUUUGGUUUGAAAAUGGUUAACCAACGAGUUAUGGUCACUGUGCUCUUCUUUCUCGCAUUCAUCACUGUUUCUCAAUCUCUUCCAUUCAUCGUCUUGCAUGGUAUUGGAGAUCAAUGCAAGAAUGGAGGAAUCAAAAACUUUGUGAAGCUUUUAAGUGAUUGGUCUGGUUCUCAAGGAUACUGCCUAGAAAUUGGAAAUGGAAUGUGGACUUCUUGGACCAAGCCCCUAUUAAAACAGACAGCAAUUGCAUGUGAGAAGGUAAAGAAAAUGAGUGAUCUAACUCAAGGUUACAACAUUGUUGGACUUUCUCAGGGCAACGUGAUUGGUAGAGGGAUUAUUGAAUUUUGUGAUGGCGGACCUCCGGUUAAGAAUUUUAUAUCCCUUGGUGGUCCACAUGCUGGUACUGCUUCUAUUCCAUUUUGUGGGUCUGAGAAAGUAUGCACCCUUAUUGACGAUGUAAUAAAAUUUGGGGUCUACAGCAGCCUAGUCCAGAAUUCUUUGGCUCCCAGUGGCUAUGUUAAAAUGCCAAUAGAUAUUGCUGGCUACCUUAAGGGAUGUAAAUUCCUUCCAAAGCUUAACAAUGAAAUCAUCAAUAAGAGGAACUCCACUUACAGCCAACGAUUUGCUAGCUUAGAAAAUUUGGUCCUUAUUAUGUUUGACAGUGAUACGAUUUUAAUACCAAAAGAAACAGCAUGGUUUGGUUUUUAUCCAGAUGGUGCCUUGCAUUCUGUUUUACAACCACAACAGACUAAGUUGUAUACUGAAGAUUGGAUUGGCUUAAGGACAUUAGACGAAGCUGGGAAAGUUAAAUUCUUUAACUUGUCAGGAGAUCACCUGGAUAUCACUCACAGUGACAUGAAAACUUAUAUAGUGCCUUAUUUAAAGGACCAUAAUCAUAUAGUGCCAUAUUUGAAGGACCAAAUGAAAGAUUCUUGAUUCCAACCUUGAAAAAUUGUUUGGUCUCUGCUGAAAUGAAAUGUAUAUUUCUUGUAUUAGCAUUGAUAAUUAUUGUUGAUAAUUUUAUAAAACAAAUACAGUUGAUAAUUGAUUGUUAUAUAUUAACUAGUUCAUGUACCCGUGCGGGACAAA